AGAUCGUCAAUUUCGUCGAGGUGGAGGAUGUGCGAUUUACUCUGAAGGUAUCAAGCUAAAACAUCGCAAAGACCUUGAACACAAUGAACACGAAGUUCUAUGGGGUGAAAUCAAAAUUCAAAAUCUAACAUACUUGUUUUACUGAGUGUAUAAGGCGCAAAACUGUUCUACAAACGCAUUUUUCGCUUAUCUAGACGAUGUCCUGAGAUCUGAAUUAAGGCAAGGCAAAGAAUUUAUUAUUACUGGAGACAUGAACUGCAAUCUUCUCGACGAAUCUCUACCACAGACACAGAGAGCUAUUGAAUUUAUGGAUGUAAAUCAGCUCAGCCAACUUAUCAGUAAACCAACAAGGAUUUCUUCUGGUUCUGUCUCUUUGAUCGAUGUAAUUAUUACCUCAGCUCCACGGCUGUUUUCUAAAACUGGGGUGCUUCGGAAUUCAUUAAGUGAUCAUUUUCCUAUUUUUGGAGUCAUCCCCCGUAUGAAACAUUACUCAAAACAUCGGGUAAUUGCUACACCGAAAUGGACUGAGGAAAAAGUGCUCUCCUUUCAAAACGAUGUCAAAAGCGUCCCUUGAGACGAUGUUAAGAGACAAUCUAGCAGGUGCAAUGGAUGGAAAAGUAGAGACAUGGUCAGUAUUUCACAGGUGCUCUAAUCAAACAUUUUCCAGUCAAGAAAAAAAGGUUACGGCAAAAUACUCAUCCAUGAAUUAAUGGCUCUAUUCUAAAGCUAAUGCGACAACAUGAUAAUUUUCACAAAAAGGCUCAUAAAACUGGAGACGACGCUCAUUGGUCAACAUACAGAAUGCUCAGAAAUCAAGUAACUUACAAUCUGAGGAAGUACCGAAGAGACUAUUUUAAGAACAAACUGGAACAAAAUAAGAACCCCAAAGGUUUUUGGAAAACUCUCAACUAUGUCCUUCCAGGUAGUAAGAAGAAAAAGUCACUUAACAUCAAUGAAAUUGUUUACAGAGACCAAGUGCUUACUGAUCCACAGCAAAUAAGUAAUGCUCUUAAUUCUCACUUGACUAGUAUUGCUGCCAAUACCUUAGCUGAAGCAAAUACAAAAUGA